AUGGCCGCACCUUCGCCGUCGUCCGGCGAUCGGGCGCCCACCCGGGAGACGGCGUCGACGCAGCGCCUCACCAUCACGCCGUACUCCUCCUUCUCCGGCCUCAGCUCCGGCAAGCCCGUCAUCUCCGGUCUCUUCAGCCUCGGCGGCCACCUCUGGGACAUCCUCUUCUUCCCCGGCGGCUACUACAGUGGCAGCCCCUACGCCGCCGUCUUCCUCCGCCUCGUCUCCAGCGACCACAGGGAGCAGGUCCGCGUGCUCGUCGACUUCACCCUCGUCUACCGCCGCGGCGGGAUGACCGGCGGCGGCGAGGACGACGGCUCGUACACGCGCUGCGGGUACCAUGUGUUCGGCCCGGGUCCAGCCACCGUAGGCCGCGGCUGCUUCGGCUUCCCGGAGUUCAUCCUGCAGCACGACCUCGCCGCGUCGGGGGUGUUGCUCCGCGGCGACCGCCUCGUGGUCGAGUGCGCCGUGCUCCUCGCCGCCGACGCCGACGAGGUGCUGCGGCGGGGCCCGCGGCCGCUCGACGACGAGCUGCGGCGCGGCCUCCGCCGCAUGCUGGAGGACGGCACGGGCGCCGACGUCACGUUCGUCGUCCGCGGGGAGCGGUUCCGCGCGCACCGCUGCGUGCUCGCCGCGCGUUCGCCCGUGUUGCUGGCGGAGCUCCACGGGCCGGCGGCGCGCGCCAUGGGGGAGACACAGGACACCGACGAUGCCACCACCACCAUCACCAUCGAUGACAUGGAGCCCGACGCGUUCGCCGCCAUGCUGCGCUUCGCCUACGACGAUACCCUGCCGGAGCUGCCCGGGAACAGCGAGAGGGACGCCACCGGCGUGCACAUGGCGCAGCACCUGCUCGCCGCGGCGGACCUGUACAGGAUGGACGCGCUGAGCCAGGCGUGCCAGGACAGGCUGGCCCGGUGCGUCACGCCGGCCACGGCGGCCGACACGUACGCGCUGGCCGACAGGCUCGGCCUCCGGCUGCUCAAGGCGGCCGUCGUCCGGGACGUCGCCGCCACCGGCGCGCGCGGCAUCGAGGCCGUCAAGAACAGCGAGGGGUUCCGGCGGCUCGCGGCGGCCGACGCGGCGACCGACUGCCCGACGUCCCAUCACCCGUCGCUGUGCCUGACUGCUGCCCCCUUGUCUCCCGAUGCGACGGUGACCCCUGCAAAACAAUGCGAUCAGCAGCAGGCGAAUGCUGGUGUGGCGACAUGGCAGUACUGGACUGGCGGACAGGAGACGCGUCAGGCGUGCGCGCAGGGGAGCGAUGCACAGAUCUGUCAGGGCGGGCGCAGGGAUCAUCAUGGGAGUCAGCGCCAGUUGGAUCUUCUGUGGCCGUUUGAUCUGUUGCAGCAUCUUGAGGCAAAUUGUGAGACAUAUUAG